AAAAAAAAAAAAAACCGACAGUACACAAUCCGUCCAGAGUCAAACUGCAAAACGGCGGUCUUGUAUCCUUCACCAGUCGCCGCCGCCACUGGAACACAGGAAACCACCUCACCAUCUCCUCUUGCCACUCAUGAUGGAAAACUCCGAGCCACAGUCAAAGAAGAAAAUGAAAAACAAAAUGAAAAUCAAUACUGAACCAAUGCCUGAACAGGUUCAAGCUAAAGUUGAAGUUGUCCGUUCCGAUCCAGACAAAAUGCCUCCAUUUGUUGGUUAUUUUCCUUCUGGAUUUGAUCCUGUUAAGCAAACUUUGACUGGUAUCCAAGUUUAUCGAAACAAGCAUAUGGAUAAGAGGCUGAGCAGUGAGCUUGUUGUUUGUCCUGAUGGGUGCUCGGUUGAAUUCGUUGGAACGAGUCAUGCGGGCGAGGCAUCGGCUGGAAACCAAUCAAUGUAUGCGCUUGGUGUCUUUGACAGGGAAGCUCAGACACUUAAAAUUAUGCAUGUUGGUGCUAAUAAGAUAUUCAGAUUGGAACCAAAAGUUAAAGGUUUGGAAUGUAGCAUGCCGCCUCCGACUCCAACUGUGGAAGAGAUGAGUCCGGAUCAGUGGACAGAGAAAAGGCGAAAGACUGAUGCUAUUUUCGGAAGUAUGAGGCAAAUUGUGAUGAAUAAUAAGUGGGAGGAAAUCAGAAUAGAUGAAGAACCUGAAGCUAAAGAGAAUCUGGCUGAGAAAAUGAAAAAUGUUGAAGUAAAAGAAUCUGUUCUCGCAAAUACAGAAGCUCAUGUUACUCGCCAUAUACCACCAUAUAAUGCUUCUGCAACUACACCUCAGGAGGCUUAUGUAUUGGACCAAAUCAUCCUUUCAGAAGAAUGGAAUCAUCUUCAAGACAUUUAUUAUACUUUGCGGAAGGGAGAAGCAGCAGACUUCAGUAUUUAUCCAACUUUUAUCCGCAACAGGAUUGACAGAUUAAAGAAGAUUGAGGACGAGUCUGAAAAGAUGAAGCUUUCUUGCAUACUCUCAUUCAUCAAUCAUCUUGUCAAAUUCAAAGAUCAACACAGCAUGGAUGGUGUUUCUUCUUCAAAGCAACAUAAGAUUCCCAACAUUCUACGUCAUAGAUUUUCGACAAUGUUUGCUGUUUCUGAAUCAAGAAGGAUGCCACCUGAAAAGAUUAAUCUUCUCAUUUCUUAUAUUUUGGUGCUGACACUUUUCUCCGACGAAUUUCAGACUGACUACAGCGAUAUAUCAAAGGAUUUAAGGAUGAAUAAAGGACCGGUGAAACAAAUCUAUGAGCAUUUGGGUUGCAAAAUUUUAAAACAGAGGCCUUUCUAUGCCACACUUCCUAUCCCUCUUACAUUUCCUCAGUUAAGGCAAAAGAAGAGGCUGAAAAAGAAUUGAUCACUUUUUAAGUCUGCUUUUGUUACUAUUAAGCAAAUCAAGUUGUUUGUUAGUCAUUUUGAUGCAGUGAUGUCAAAUUUUGUUAUCAACCUUAGGAGUUGUUAGAUACUUUAGUUUCUUUUUUUUUUUUUUUUUUAAUUUGAUAACACUUGAACUAGGAUAUUCUUCAAAGGUAAAUUGCCCCAUCUAUUUUGCCACUCCUAUAAAUUAUCUUUGAAAGUUUA